UUCCGUCCGCGCGUCAAAAGCAACUGCUAGGAUGUUGCGAUAUCGCUGGUAGCCGAAGAUUGCUGUGGUUGCAGCGAUUAGGCUGCUGUGUUGGAACAUCUGCCUAAUGUGUUGGUAGAUGUCAAAUUCCGUGGUUUGUCAUUCGCAGCUAUAGUUACAACAGACGGAGGCUGUAGUUUCCCGUCUACCCUGCGCUUGCGUGUGUGUUGAUGGAAAGGCUGCAUCGCGCUAAUGCGUUAGCUUACCAAAAAUCACAGUUUAAUCGUAAGUGGAGGCAGUUCAAUAACGUUAGCUAGUCGGGCAGAUAUGUGCCAUCAAACGGCUGUUUUCACUUGACUGAGGAUGGAAAGAUUUUUUCGGGCAGCGCUAUCACACAAGUUACACGUCGGAUACAUCGCACUCGAAGGCAUUAUCUUCAGAGGAUAACCUGGAUAACCUUACACGAAAUGUCAUAGCGCGUAAGUAGCUAGCACUUAGCUAGCUUGGUAAUGGCUGGACGAGAUGGAGGAGGACCUAAUGUUAUCAUCAGCGUCAACCGACCAUGAACAGCUGGAUGGAUAGCUAAAGAAAUACUUUCUCCGGAGAUGCUGUAGCCUCCUGGGUGGUGUUAUUCACUUACAUAACAGCUAGUCGUAGCCGCUCUAACUAUCACCAACUGGCUUGUGUUGGCAAGCAAAUGGGUAAUUUGCCACCAAAAAUCUGGGCUGUCUCAACAUCAUAAGUGACAAAGGCAUCACUGCAUGUUUUGAGGCUGCAAAAAAAAUAAAUAAAAAAAGACUUGCUCAAAGCGUCGGAUGCGUUAGGUUGACAGUCGAUCCUCCAUUAUCUAUCAGUGCAAUAAUUCACUGCACAGGAAACAAGCAGUCUGUCUCGCGUGUCUGUGAUUGAAGCCGAUACUCCUGUCGUUGCGACAACAUGAGGAAGUUCUUUGAUUCUCGUCGGGAGUUGGUGAGCUCCGGGCCUGGUUCUGGAGGAGGAGGUAGCAGCUCUGGGUCCGGUCAUGCAGGCGGAAAUUUCAUUGGCAGAGCCUUCACUGUCGGGCGGCACCAGGUCACUGUUGACGAGAUCAUUGCUGAAGGUGGUUUUGCGAUUGUGUUCCUGGUGCGAACAAAUCAAGGGGUGCGUUGUGCCCUGAAGAGGAUGUAUGUCAACAAUGAGCACGAUCUGCAGGUGUGCAAACGCGAGAUUCAAAUAAUGAAAGACCUCGUCGGCCACAAGAAUAUUGUUGGUUAUCUGGACUCCAGUAUUACGGCGAUGGGAUCAAGGGAUGUAUGGGAGGUUCUCAUACUAAUGGACUACUGCAAGGGGGGGCAGGUGGUCAAUUUGAUGAAUCAGAGGCUGCAGACUGGCUUCACUGAGGCAGAGGUGCUGCAGAUCUUCUGUGACACCUGUGAUGCUGUUUCUCGCCUGCACCAACGCAAGACACCCAUCAUCCACAGAGACCUCAAGGUGGAGAACAUCCUCCUGCAUGACAAGGGUCAUUAUGUGCUGUGUGACUUUGGCAGCGCCACUAACAAGUUCCAGAGCCCACAGACUGAAGGAGUGGCCGCCGUGGAGGAAGAGAUCAAAAAGUACACCACUUUAUCAUAUCGGGCCCCUGAGAUGGUGAACCUCUACAACAACAAGCUUAUCACCACAAAAGCAGAUGUCUGGGCGCUGGGCUGUUUGCUGUACAAGUUGUGUUUCUUCACUCUGCCCUUUGGUGAAAGCCAGGUGGCCAUCUGUGAUGGCAGUUUCACCAUACCAGAUAACUCCCGCUACUCUUAUGAUCUUCACUGCCUCAUUCGGUACAUGCUGGAGCCAGAGCCAGACAAAAGACCAGAUAUCUACCAGGUGUCCUACUUUGCUUUCAAGCUAGCUCAGCGGACCUGCCCUGUUCAGAAUGUGACGAACUCUCCAAUUCCUUCUAAACUUCCUGAGCCAAUCAAAGCGAGCGAGGCUGCUGCAGCAAAGAAGAGCCAGACUAAGUCCAGACUGACAGAUCCAAUUCCCACCACUGAAACCUCCAUCACCCCUCGCCAGAGGCCCAAAGCAGCCCAUACCCAGCCUGCGGCUGGCAUUCUUCCCAUCCAGCCUGCUGCUCUCACCCCUCGCAAGCGGGCUAAUCUCCCUGGUGGUGCAGCUCAGCCUGUUGGAGUCAACUUAGACCUCUCUCAGCCAGCUGCAGCUCUGCAGUUACAGAAGGCUUCAGUUCUGCCACUCAUCCAGUCACAAAACAAUUCAAGUCAGGCUGCGGCUCCACAGAAGCAGCCCGUGCAGUCGGCCGCAGAGUCCACAACAGCAGCAGCAGUCGUGUCACCAGUGACCAAGGCUGACAUCCAACCACAAGCGCAGCCAGUAGUUCACCAACAGACCACACCUCCCUCUACGGUCAGCGCCACCUCCCAGCAGGCUCAGACUCCAUCGAGCCCUGCCCCACCUCAACGACCAGCUCGACGCAAGCAGGCCGGCCAGGCUCCGCAGCCAGCUGCUCAGCCUUCACCCAGCAGACCGGCCUCUGGUCAGCCGCCUGGAUCUCAGCAGCAGCAGAUAACUCAGCCGUCAGCUGCUCAGGCUCAGCCCGCCUUCAAUGAGAUCAGCCAAAAGGCAGCUGAGACAACUCCACCUGCUUCUCCAAAGACAACUGAAGAACAAAGCCACCAACACAUACCGAGUGAUGCCACAGCGAGCAGCGUUGCUGGAGUCCCAGCGAGUGACUCCUCACAGCAGCCACAAGGACCUAAUGGAGAUGCUGCCCUCAACCAAUCACUUACAUCUCCACCAGGCACCACACAGCCAGUUCAGCUCGGUGUUUGUGACGCAGGCCAGGACCAAAGCAAAGCUGGACCCGCUGUUCUUGCGUCUGCCGGUGCCACCAACACCCCUACACAGCCUGCGUGGAACCCAUUUGACGAUGACAACUUCUCCAACCUCACUGCAGAGGAAUUCAAAACUGAGGACAGAAAGCCUACUGACCUACCUAUAGAACCUGAGUCAACAUCCUGUGAGGAGUUGAUACCAGGCCUGCAGGCCUCAACCAUGGACAAUACACCGCAAGAAAAUGUUGAAAGACCAUCAACCAUUAUUGAUGUGGAUUCAGGAGCCUCACUGUUAGUUGUCCCAGAUCCUUUCUGUACCCUCGAACUGUCAGAGAAGCUGAUUGAAGGACUAAAAUCUCCUGACACGUCUUCACUCAUGCUUCCUGACCUCUUGUCAUUGUCUGAUCCCUUUGGUGGCUCUGUGGAAGAGUCUGCAAAAGAGCCUCUCACUGCAGACGACUCUCUCCUGGGCUCUCUGAUCUCCGGUCCGUCCGUCCCUCAGGCAGCAAGCAGUGCCACCUCCUCCAUCUCCUCUGCUCCCACCUCCGCUGCCUCUGCUUUGGAUGAUUUCAGUCUGUUGUCUGGAGACUCAGCACAGCCUAAAGCAGACUCGUCUCUCCUGAUCUCAGACUUUGAGCCCCAGCAAGCCAACGCAGAGGCCGCCACAGAGGACGAGUUCGAUCCUAUUCCUGUCACAGGCCGAAAGAACUCCCAAGUUUCAGGAGGCCACUCGCGCAGUAACAGUGGCGGCUCUGAAUCCAGCCUGCCCAGCUUGGCCCGCUCCAUGCUGCUGGUGGACCAGCUCAUCGACUUGUAGGCGUCCCCACCCCCCUUCCCCGUAGAAGCUGUAACGCUGGAUUAUAGACUGGCAUAGCAUAACGGCGAUCAACACUGUUGUCACAGCUAGCUUCCUGCAACUCCCGUCUGUCAUUUCCAUUCUAGCUCCUAUAGUAGAAACAGCCUUCACCUCUCAAUGCUUCUUCAUUCCUGCCCUCUCCGCUGUAUCGAUUGCAUUAUCUGGCUUCUGUUCGCAUCUCAUCUCUCACCCUCUCACUCACAUUUUCUCUUUGUUGUUGUCUCUACACAUCAUGUACUGGCCAUUGGUCCAAGAGUGGCCAGUACACUAACAUCAUCCUUUUUUAAUAGUUACCAUUACAUCUUUCUGUCAAUCAGGAUAAAAUAUUGCUAUGCCGUUUGUUUGAACAAUAUUGUAUUAUGUCUAAUAGCAAACAAUAGAAGGUCAUUGUUGUAAUGUACUCUAGGCAUAGUUAUAAGUGGUUGUAGUUAUUAUGGUGCACAAGUGAAUUUCGUCGUUUGCCUUUUAAAGUCUCCUCCCCAGAUUUAUUUGCACAUUUUAAAGUAAAGCAUGGAAAAAGUUAAAUGGCCAUUUGUUCAAAUGAGGUCAGUUUACUUCUUCUAUAAAAGGGAAACUUCUUCAUGUAGCCUGAUUUGCACAGUAGCAUAAAUGUUAUCUCCAUCAGGGCUGUUGGAUAGAACAUCUUUAACAAUUUAAAGCUGCUAUUAGAUUAGACUGAAGAGUGACAUCAAAUUGAGUUACAAUCUGGAAACAAAACAGCCAUAACCACGCACCCUACAUACAAGUUACCGUGAUGAAGAGAAGAGCAGUGACACUAAAGGUUCCUGACUAAACGGUGAAGGGUCAUUUAAAAAAAAAUAAUAAUAAAUUAAAAAUCUGUGAAGCAAACUUCUGACAGGUGAAGCUCUGAAAGUGUAUCAGCUAAAAUCUACAUAUAAGAAAACAACAAUAAUGUUGACCAUUCAAGGUCUCUCAGACACAUUGUACUUUUCAAACGAGGAGGACCCGUUCUUAUUUGCUGUUAUUUUAACUUUUAAAAAAAAAAAAUUUAUUUUAACCCUUAAAGCAAGCAGUAGGUUGUUGUUGAAUUAAAUGACAAAUCAGGGUCAUAUAACAAUGUUUGUAGCAGUGUGCCAUAUCAAUACAAAAUGCAUGAAAUCAUGAAAAUAAUUUGAAUAAUCCACAGUAAUAGAAAUACAGUAGCUAUUAUAUAGAGAGAGACCAUUAAUCUAUUCAACUGUUCAGGUCAUUUUUUGAACAGAAACAGUCUAAAAUGGCAUUUAAAAAAAUAUAUAUUUUAUUUUAUAUCAACACAAACAUUCACUAAGCAUUGUGCAAUUUUUCCUACAUUCCUAUCAUUUGUUUACUCCUAAUUUAUGUAAAUAUAUAUCUGCAACCCCUGCAGGCUCUUAUCCAGACCAUACAAUUGGUUAUUCUUCCCGUGUAUAUAUUAAGUCAUUGUCAUAAAGCUUUACUUGUGGAAAACAUAUUGCUUUACUUGUGAAAUAUAUAUAUAUAUAUAUAUAUAUAUAUAUAUAUAUAUAUAUAUAUAUAUAUAUAUUAGAAUAGAAUUAGUGUGUGAAUGAAAAAUGGAAUUGUUUACCUGUUAAUAAAUGUUAAUAUGAAUGGAGUGUUAGAGAAUGAAUGUAAGAAAUAAAUAUUAGUCUAUAAUAAAAAAAAUAUCUAUGAUUCUUAACACCAUAAUCACUGAAUAAUAUUGAGGAAUACUCCUAUAUAAAUAUUCCAUUCCUCCUUGUGGAAUUGUGUGUUUGAGAAAGUUUUUUUUCUUGGCUAUAUCUACUCAAUUAUUGUCAGUACACUCAAAUGUAUAGAUGAUAAUCCUAGUCUUUGUUGAACCUGGAGAUUAGGCUGAAUCCCAUGUCCCAUUCUCUUCCUUUGUGAAAAGAAAGUGAGCCCUAGUUAUGAUUGUUUACAUGGACCAAUGAAGGAUUAUAUUUUUAUUUAAAACAGUUGGCAGUUUUCUGGAAAGCGGGAGCUUAACCUCUUUGAAUCUUAGUCCUGUUUCAUUUCACCGCUAAACUAGAACUUUUUCUGAAAUUGUGCUUUGUAAAGCUUUGGUUUUUUGCUUUACCGGUUUUAGUGAUCACAGAGUUCAUAUCAAAAAGCAUGGCAGUGUUGUUGAAUGUUAUGUUCACGUGUGUGUGUGUGUGUGUGUGUGUGUGUGUGUGUGUGUGUGGGGAGUCAGAAUUGUUGGAUGUCUUUUUCCGGUAGCCUACUUGUGUUGUUGUUUGCUGCAAAUAUGGCGACGGUCACGUUGUCCUUAAAAUCUCUUCUGAAAGCACAGCCUCCCUCCUCCUCCACUCCUAUAUUCUCUCAGGAAGUCAGAGCUACAUCACUCGCUCUGAGAGUUGGAUACGUAUUGGCUUACUGCUCACUAGUCUCACUGUUCGCCUCCAUAUUAUAGUUAAGAAUAUUUGCCUGAUAGGUAAUGUGUGAGGGGCUCUGUGAAGUGUGAAAAGGUUUAAUCUGCCAGUGUUACAGUGGAUUAUACAACACUGCUGCUGUACUAUAGCAGUGGUUUAAGUUAUCAGGCAGCAUUAAGUCAGGGUUUGAAAAAUCAGCUCCAAUCAGCAAUACAAAUGUUUCUGUAGGAUCAAACAAAUUCAUUUUGCUUCCCAUGCAUGAUCACAGUCGGAAGACUACCUCCACCUCUUUCUUUCAUUCUGUCAUGUUAAAAAGUGAUUUCAAAUAACUAUUUUUGUGAGAUCGACUCCUUUCUGGAGGUGGGAAAUUAAUUCAGAAUUAUAUUUUGGUUUUAAUGCUUUUGCACAAACGUUGGAUAUGUUCCACAUACAUACUUGUAUUACAGAAUAAAAUGUAGUUACCUUUUGAAUGAGUGAAGUCAAGGCAACAGUAUAAAAUAAAUCACCUCAAACAGAAUCUUUAUAUUUAGAAUCUGAGAAUAGUGGCAAAGCAUGGAGCACAGUUAGUGACCUAUUCACAUGUUCUUUGAUGAUUAAAGUUCAGGAAAUCCAUGAUAAUGUGUUCAAACAUCUUUCACCAAUUUAUUCGUUAACCCCCAUAAUUGAGUUGGUAUUUUGAGCAGAGCUCCUGAUUCUAAAUUUUAAAUUAUAUAUUUUUAUCUUUUAAAUAAAUUUGCAAAAGUGGCAACAGUCUCCUAGGUCUAUUUACUGUAGGUGCUGCAUGUGCAACUGAAGGCUUAUGUUAUUUUAUCAUCCUCUUUAUGAUCCUUCCAUUCAACAACUCAAUCAUUUGCAGUUACUGUUUGAACCUAUGCAACUCCCGAGCUUUCUCCCUGUAGCCGCCAAUGUGCUGUUGUAAUCUAUAAAGCCAAGCAGGUAUAGUGAGAUUAGUCCUUGAUGUGAAACAGAAGCCCCUCGUUUUCUCUGUUGUUUUGCCAAAAAUGCAAGCUGUCGAUUAUGAUACUAUUUGAGUGUUUUGAGACGCCUCUUGUGUUUAUGACCCAAACCUGCGUCAGAGCUGUGGUAUCGUGUGCUCCUUCUAUUUUUGUGAGAUGAUUAAAGAAUUAUUAAGGAAUGGCAAAUAAAAUACAAAUGUGAAUGUCAAA